AUGGCCUACCAGUUCUUUGCCAAAGCCCCGGCACGGUCCUCGAGCUUGCCUGCGUCUCCUUCUCCAGCUCGACAGGCUCAGCCGCCGAUUCACCGUCCUCCGCUGCAACCGCCGCGGUCCGCUGUCGCCAGUCCUCGGCCCAACCACCAUGACCCCCACGAGCCCUUUACACCGUACCCGGGGAGCAUCUCCGCGGGUUAUGCGACUCCUCACCCGCACAUCACAAUAGAGACGAUUCGCACAGUGCAUAUCCCUUCAUUGACAAGGAUAACUGGCUUGCUGUUGCCUAUUCGCUACCCAAACUCGUUCUACACGACCACCAUCACGGACCCUAUCAUCGCAUCUUUGUCACGCGUGGCAGUCUACCAUGACCACCCUGUGGCCACUGCACCCGACUCCACCGCCACGCUUGGAUCAGAUAAAGUGAUUGGAGGUAUCCGAUGUCGCCUGGAGAGACAAGAUCAGAAUCGAGAGGUUCAUGGCCGAGUCGCGGCAAACCUCUAUAUCCAGACCCUACAUCUCCUCUCUCCCUACCGUGGCCAUGGCGUGGCUGCCUCACUCUUGAACUCACUGGUCUUCAUGUCGCCACCAGAUGUCAAUGGGCGAUAUCAGGUAUCUGAGAUCGUGAAGCACUAUAAUAUCCGCUCCGUGACAGCGCACGUCCACGAAGCCAAUGAGGACGGCUUGAAAUGGUAUAUUGCACGUGGGUUCAAGGUGCAAGAAGGUAUUGUGGAAGGAUACUAUCGGCGACUGCAGCCCUCGGGGGCGAAAAUUGUGCGGUUGGAUGUGCAAUGGGAUGAAGAUCAUGGUCUAGUCAGUGAGAAGAAAGAUGCCUCCCAGAGAACAGCUCGGAGUGACCCAGAUGAUGAUGAGUGGGAGAAGGUCGAGGCUGAAGAUGGAGAAGAGGGCGAUCACGGCGUCCGGCUAUUGAGUGAGUCGCGGGUCCUGGAGAAGGAUGAAACGACUCUCUCAAAGAAGCGCAAAGCCCGGGAAGAAGGCGGGAGCAAAUCUCAACGAAGGUAA